AAUCAUGUUGUCCAGUGGAAGGACUGAGGUGGUAAAGUACUCUAGAGCUGGAUAUUUGUCACGAUCGUCGUAAGAACAUUCGGACCAAAGGAACCAUACCAGGCCAACAUAGAAUGGCACACAAGAUGAAAUACUACACAGUUGAGACUGGCAAUACUUUGGAUUCUCAUAUUCAGUUUAUGAGACGACUCAACAACACCACAAGAUGUUUUACGGAAGUGAAGUCGCCAGUGGAGAGUGAUGUCAUCAUGGCUUUCUGUCCCAUCGUCUCCCGCACCGGGACUGAUAUUGAAGCAGCACUGCAACAGAUUCCAACUGGUAAAGAUGUCCUUCUGGUAGUGCUGCAUCACACCUUCAACCCAGACUACACUGUACCUGACAGCAGCAGACUAGUGACCAGAAGUGAUGUAAUACUCACAGUGGACUGUCUGUUCCAUGAGAGCCAGGGAGGACUCCUGGAGUGUCCUCGCAAUGAUGCAGCAGCCAGCAGGGUUCUGAGGAAGCUGAACAUACAGCCAAAGAUUGGAGCUGAAGAACAGAUCAGAAUCCCUGAACAGGGUAACAUGCUGACCGGACAUUCUGGCAUUCUAGUUGUGAUUCAGAGCUGUGUAACGGUGUUGUGGCAGAAUUUGGGAUCCAUGCUGGAACACAGAGUGGAACACAAGAUGAAAUACUACACAGUUGAGACGGGCAAUACUUUGGAUUCUCAUAUUCAGUUUAUGAGACAAGUCAACAACACCACAAGAUGUUUUACGGAAGUCGAGUCGCCAGUGGAGAGUGAUGUCAUCAUGGCUUUCUGUCCCAUCGUCUCCCGCACCGGGACUGAUAUUGAAGCAGCACUGCAACAGAUUCCAACUGGUAAAGAUGUCAUUCUGGUAGUGCUGCAUCACACCUUCAACCCAGACUCCACUGUACCUGACAGCAGCAGACUAGUGACCAGAAGUGAUGUAAUAAUCACAGUGGAUUGUCUGUUCCAUGAGAGCCAGAGAGGACUACUGGAGUGUCCUCACAAUGAUGCAGCAGUCAAACAGAUUAGGCAGAAGCUUGACAUGACCAGAAGUCGUUGCUAUGUAGCUUGGAUUCUAAACUUUGUCAUGAUCCACAUCCCUCUACAAGACCUCUUUCUGGCAAUCUAUCUGUAAUUCGGAGCUAUAUAAUGUUUCCAGUGUCUUCAGUCUACAACUACUUUUUCAAUCACAAUCCACGUCCCUCUUCUAGACCUCGUUCCAGAUGUGAUGAAAUCAGUUCCACUUUUGUACCAACAAUGAAGACAUGUUAAUUGUUUUUAUGGAUUACAUCUUUAAUUCCAUUACAUAUUUAAGAAAAAGUAUUUACUUUUGAUGUUAAGAGCACUUGCAGUUGUAAUGUAUAGAAAUUGGGGACAAUAUUAAACAUGCUCAUCAAAAUGAAUGGAAAAUAAUAAAGAAGAAACAGGA